UGAGCCUACCGGAGUUGAUGCGUGGUGUCCUGUUGCGCAUUCUCCCACGGCUCUCCUCUUUACAAAACCUGUCCUACUCGGAAUCAGUGAAGCGGCAGCGAGGAGUUCGCUAGUGUUGUCUGAAGCUGUCUAUUCUCUGGAGAACAAGGACUAAACUCUAUUAAGCCUGUCUUCAUCUCUUUAGUGCGGCGGGGGAAAACAUGAUUGGCUAUAUGUUCGUGGUUCUUUUGGGAUUUUUGGGCAAUGCGCAGGCAAAGGGCAAAGAGGGCCAGGAGCCUAAGGGCAAGUUCAGCACCCCUGUUCUGGAUUUGAAUAGUCAACAGCAUGUCCUGAAGGCCAACCAGACCCUGACAAUCAACUGCAGGGGUCGAUGGGAGCUUUCGUGGGCUUUACCGGGAAGCUUGGCGAGAGGUCAGGACGGGGUCAAAUUGGAAGAAUCUCGCUGUGGGAAGCAAAGACAGCAUUACUGCAGUCAGCUGACCCUUAGCUCCGCCCAGGCCCGUCACACUGGACAAUACCGGUGUCGGUACCGUCAUCAAACUCACAAGCAGGCAGCGGUCUACAUCUAUGUCACAGACAGCCAGCGGCCAUUUGUGGAAGAGCAGGCUGCGAUCCCAGAUGUGGUGUACAUGAAGGAGGGCAAGCCGCUGGUUUUCCCGUGCAGGGUCACCAAUCCCAACUCCAUCGUCUCAUUGGUCAAGCAGUUCCCUGAUUCCCGUGUGUUGACACCGGACCAGAAGAACAUAGUGUGGAACAGCAGACGAGGCUUUGUCAUCCGCAGUCCCACCUUUUUCUACAUCGGGAUGUUCUCCUGCAAGACCACCCUCAAUGGGAUCACGCACUCCAUCAGUUAUCUCACACACAGACCGGUGAAUAAGAUCAUGGAUGUGUACCUGAACAGCACCAGUCCCCUCCAGACUCUACAGGGGAACAGUCUUACCAUAAACUGUACUGUUACUGCAGAGUGGAACAGCCGAGUAUCCAUCAGAUGGGACUAUCCUGGCAAGGCCAACACCUCAGCCAUUAUCAGCAAGCGGAUCAUGAGCAGUAAAUCCCACAUGGUGUUCUACAGUCUCCUGUCCAUCCCUAAACUCCGCCUCUCUGACAGAGGUCUCUAUAUCUGUCAGGUGUCCAGUGGGCCGGUCAGUCGAGCCACCAAUGUAUCCGUCACAGUCUACGACCAUCCGUUUAUCCGUCUGAAGCCCAGGCAGGGAGCUGUUCUGCAGGCUCAUGCAGGACAGAAGUCCUACCGUCUCUCCCCCAAGUUACGGGCCUUCCCUGCCCCAAAGGUCAUCUGGCUGAAAGACGGGAAGGUGGCCGCGGAGCAGUGUUCCCGUUACCAUGUGGAUGGAAAUUCCCUGGUGAUCCGGGAUGUCGCAGAAGAGGAUGCAGGAAAGUAUAGCAUCCUCGUUGGAAUACAGGAGCACAGACUUUACAAGAACCUCACAUUGUGGCUGGUGGUAAAUGUGAGUCCGAGGAUCGGGGAGAAUGCAGUGUCAGUCCAGGACCCAGGCAGUGUUCCGCGGGGCAGCCGACAAACCCUGCACUGCACCUCCCACGGGGUCCCCCCCCCCCAUAUCGCCUGGCUCUGGCAACCGUGCCCCCCCAAGGGCCUGUGUGUUUGUCCUCCGUCCUCCUCACUGUGGAGCCCCGUGAGUGAGAGGUCCCGUGGCACGUCCACACAAAACCACAUCCUGAGUGUCACUCACAGACAGGAAGUGCUCCAGGGGAAGAAUAAGACCGUGGGUGUUUUGACAGUUGCUGAGGCGCUUGUGUCCGGAGUGUACCGCUGCAUUGCCUCCAACUCUCUGGGCAGGGAUGAACUGGACAUCCCCUUCUAUGUAACAGACAUUCAUGGAGGCUUCAGUGUGAGUCAAAAGGAGGAGCCGAGGGAGGGUGGAGAUCUACACCUCACCUGUGUAGCCAAUAAGCACCUGUAUACCAACUUGUCAUGGCAACAGGUGACAGCCCCAGCAGAGGCCACACCCCCUGGCCCAUUCCUGGGUGGUGAAUUGUCAUCAGGAGAGUUCUCUGACACUCUGAGUCUGUUGCUUAACAACCUGACAGCAGGGGAUUCUGGAACCUACCGCUGCUCCGCCCAUCACCUGCUGACCGGACAGAACACACACCUGGACACACAGGUGACCGUCACAGUACUGGAGGCUCCAGUGCUGUUUCAGAACUUGUCAGACUGCAGCGUAAAUGUCAGCAGCUCCGUGACACUCAGCUGCCCCACCCAUGGCAUACCGAACCCCCUGGUUACGUGGUACAAGGAUCAUCGCACGCUACAACCGGGAUCAGGUAUUGUCAUCGCACAAGGAGGCAGCGCCCUCCACAUUGACCGAAUCACCAUGGAGGACCAGGGCCUCUACACCUGCCAAGCCACCAAUGAGAGAGGCUCUGUGGAAAGCUCUGCCUACAUCUGGGUUCACAACUCCUCAGAGGGCCUGUCUCUGGAGAUCCCUACUCUCGCCUGUACCUGCGUGGUCGCCACUCUGUUCUGGCUGCUGCUCACACUCUUCAUACGCAAACUGAAACAGUCAAACUCAUCGGGAGCCAAGGCAGAGUACCUGUCAAUCGUCCGGGACCCAGGCGAGGGACCAGUGGAGGAGCAGUGUGAUAGGCUACAGUAUGACCCUGGCCAAUGGGAGUUCCCCAGGGACCGCCUUAAACUGGAGAAACCUCUGGGUCGUGGGGCCUUUGGGAAGGUAAUGCAGGCUUCUGCUUUUGGCAUUGACAACUCUACAGGCUGCAGGACUGUGGCUGUCAAGAUGCUUAAAGAGGGCGCCACUCCCAGUGAGCACAAGGCUCUGAUGACUGAACUGAAGAUCCUGAACCACAUAGGACACCACCUAAAUGUGGUCAACCUGCUGGGGGCCUGCACCAAGGCUGGGCCUCUGAUGGUGAUAGUGGAGUACUGUAGCUACGGCAACCUCUCCACCUACCUGAAGACCAAGAGGGAUGUGUUCCUGCUGAACAGGGUGAGUGGAGGAGAGGAGGCAGAAAACAGGUGUCUUGGCAGCGGGAAAAGCAUCAGCUCAGGGUUUGAGGAGGAGAGACAGUUUACAGAGAGGGAGGUCUGCAAGUCUCCUCUGCUUCUGGAGGAUCUCAUCUCCUACAGUUUCCAGGUGGCUCGAGGCAUGGAAUUCCUCGCCUCUCGCAAGUGUAUUCACCGCGACCUGGCGGCCAGGAACAUCCUGCUGUCGGAGAACCAGGUGGUGAAGAUCUGCGACUUCGGUUUGGCCAGGGACCUCUACAAAGACCCCGACUAUGUCCGUAAGGGUGAGGCCAGGCUGCCGUUGAAGUGGAUGUCCCCGGAGUCCAUAUUCGACAAGGUGUUCACCACACAGAGUGACGUUUGGUCCUACGGAGUUCUGCUCUGGGAGAUCUUCUCUCUGGGCGCCUCGCCGUACCCGGGCCUGGACAUCGACGAGGAGUUCUGUCACCGCCUGAAGCAGGGAACACGCAUGCGCCCCCCAGAGUACAGCACCCCAGAAAUAUACAGCAUCAUGCUGGCGUGCUGGGAGACAAACCCUUCAGACCGACCCAAAUUUACUGGCCUGGUGGACACACUUGGGGACCUGCUGGAGGCCCGGGUUCAACAGGAUGGGAAGGACUACAUUCCCCUGGGCACGUUCGUGAGUACAGACAGUGACCCAGGCAGCGGUGAGCAGCAGGAUCACAAAGACCAUCUGGGUUACAUGAACACCAGGAGCACAGCAAAACUCAGGACAUUUGAAGAAUUCCCCCGUAAGGACCUGCCUGGCCCAGACGAGGAACAGUGUGACAGCGGAAUGGUUCUGCCCUCCGAGGAGCUGAAAUGUCUGAGGUUGAACAGCGGAUCCAAGAGCAGGAGCCUCAAAAGGUUCUUCACUGUCAGCAAGUGCCGGGAGAACCUAGUGCCCUGCCUGUGUAAUGAUGUAACUGGUCUCCAUGACGACGAGCCGCCUGUCCACCCGUGUGACUGUGACAAGUUUGGUUCACCUCCACCGGACUACAACUCCGCCUUCCUCUACCCCUCCCCCGCAGACAGCAUCGCUUCACGCCAUCCCUCCCACUGACAUUUGCGUUUUGGUCAGUUAGCGGGACACUCUUGUCCACACUUUCCGUUUUCCUCCCCGACCACCUAUUAGCAAUUACAGCCCAGCCUGGCUGCAACAACCUCUCAGCAGGUUUGUGAGUCGAUGUUUCGAGACAUGUCCUCCAUUGCACAUCUCUGCUCUGGCUCCCAAACCUUUCUGCUUCCCACCACACUGGUUGCUCGACCAGGAAGAGCUAACCGGCGCAUACAAGCUGGGAGUUGUGCUCAUUCCCGGAGAACAACCUGCCACAGGGGGUCACUAGAGCACGAGGCAACACCCAUCCCGCCAACCCAUGAGGACCCCUGGGGAGACACGUUAAGCCCUGACGAGGAGAACGCCUGUAGUUGUACUGUGAGCUUGUGACUAAAGAACAACAGAGUCAUUCUAAAGUACCAUUCACAUUUCCCCAUACAACUCUCUCUACUAAUUCCCACUCUUUAGCAACUUUGUCUGAGUCAUUCUUGACGUUCUUCAUUUUCUCAUCUAUAUAAACAAUUCAAGAUAUAAUUUUCUAUUUUAGUCAUUUAGCUGACACCCUUAUCCAGAGUGACUCACACUACUGAGUGGAUGCAAUUCUGACCUGGUCCCCCAUGGGAAUCAAACCCACAACCUUUGGCAUUGCAAACGCCACUGUCAUACCAACUGAACUCCACCAGGACACCUUGUAUGUCCUGCAUCCAAACUCCUCCUUAAAUGUGAUUCUGAAGUACAACAUGGUUUCCUCAGUUACUUCCUCCUGAGAGCAGCUAAAGACGUUAUCACCUGCACCAGUGUCCACUGACUGCCAUUAAUAUUACAUUUACCAUUACUGCUUAUCGGCAACGUCUACAUGGUUACUCUGAGCUCAGUAGAAGAGGAACCUCUUUGCCGUUGUCUCACAUCAACUGACAGUCAUGUGUAUGCUGGAAGAAUGUAUUCAUAAAAAAAAAAUAUAUAUGUAUUCUUGUUUUACCCAUUUAUUAAUGUAUUCAACCUCAAAGAUAACAGCUAAACCCUAAUGCAGUGUCUGUCAAUGGUCGUCGUGACAACACAGGGUGUAGAACUAUUACCGGGUGUGGAGGGGAAAGACAACCGUUUAGGAUUGACAGCUGGAGUCCUUUGGACUGACUGACAGAAGUAUGUAUUAAAAUAUUAAAAUAAAGAGUUAUACACACUUCAUAUGUUCAAGCAUGAGAGAAACACUA